GCCGCCAUGGCGUCGCUGCGCAUCCGGCAGUACCAGGAGCGGGACUUCGAGGCCGUGCGGGCGCUGUUCGCCCGCGGCAUCCUGGAGCACUCGCCGGCCGCCUUCCGCCACGCGCUGCGGGCGGCGCGGGUGCGCCUGGCGCUGCUGGCCGUCUUCGUGGCGGCGCGGGCGGCCGCCGGCUCCUGGCUGCUGGGGCUGGGCGCGCUGGCGCUGGCGCUGGCGCUGCUCUGGGUGCUGCUGCGCUCCAUCGGCGCCGAGUACGUGCGCCAGGCGCUGGGCACCGACCUGUGCGACGUGCCGGGCACCUACCUGCGCUCGCCCGACCGCCGCUUCUGGGUGGCCGAGGAGGACGGCGCCGUGGCGGGCAUGGUGGCGGCGAUGCCCGCGGGCCGCGGCGAGCUGGAGCUGAAGAGGAUGUCGGUGAGCCGCGAGCACCGGGGCCGCGGGCUGGCGCCGGCGCUGUGCCGCGAGGUGUUGGCGUUCGCCCGCGCCCGCGGGUACGGCGCCGUGGUGCUCUCCACCUCCGUGGUGCAGGUGGCGGCGCAGCGGCUCUACGAGGAGCAGGGCUUCCGCAGGGUGGGCACCUCGUACCCCUCGCUGCUGGGCACCCUGCUCAACUUCCAGAUCUUUCACUACCGCUGUGAUUUGGGGCAUGGUGAUAAAUAGGGCGCUGGUAGGGGUGGAGGGUUCGGCGUGGCAGCGUCGACCUGGCACUGCCGGCCCGGGGAUGUGAGGCGUCGCCGCGGCGCUGCUGUGGUGCCCGAACCCCGGCAGCGCCGCUGCCCGUGAAGCCUGGCACCGCUCCGGCACCCCAAACCCGGCCCCGGGAUGUGACCCCAGCGCCCCGACCCCAACCCUGGCACAG